AUGGCUCUCAAAAAGAUGAUGAGUUGUUAUGGUAUGUUAGUUCUUUUUAUUGUUAUUAAUGGAGUUUGGAGCAUUUCAAGAGAAGAAGAUCUGGAGCUUGAAAGACAACUCAAGAUUUUAAAUAAGCCUGGUGUUAAGACCAUUAAAACGGACAAUGGUGAAAUUUUUAAUUGCGUGGACAUUCACAAACAGCCAUCGUUGGAUCAUCCUUUGCUUAAAAAUCAUAAAGUUCAGAUGAAAUUUAAUCAUCCUCCGAAAUCUGUGAAAGAAAAGGAGUCACCAUCGGUACUGGGCAAAGGGAUAGGGUGCCCAAUUGGAACAGUUCCAAUUCGAAGAACACAGAAGGAAGAUCUUAUACGAGCCCAAGCUUUUUCGAAACUCCGUACCAGAAGAUACGCUCAAAAUAGUCAUCCACUUGCCGAAGAAUCAAACAUUUUUCGAUCUGCAAAGCUAUAUACAAAUGCAUUGUCCCUUUCAAAGUACUAUGGAAUCCAAAGCGACUUUAAUGUAUACAAUCCUACACUUUCGUCACCGGAACAAUCUACUACUGCUUUAAUUUAUGUGGCUGGUGGACUUGAUGAAGCCAAGUGCGACAUAUCUGUGGGAUGGACAGCAGAUAAUGGUGCGACAACCGGUUGCUAUGAUCUUCUUUGCCCAGGGUUUAUCAUAACCCACCCUCACCGUACACUGGGCCUUACACUUCCCACUUCUACCUACCAUGGCGCCCAGGCUGGGAUUCAACUGUCUAUAUCCAAGGAUCAAUUCACAGAUCAUUGGUGGUUACUUGUAGAUGGUCAGGAGUUGGGGUACUGGCCUAAACAACUGUUUGGUAUCUUUCGGGUUGCCAGGGAGCUAUAUUGGGGAGGAGAAGUAUUCAGUCCAAGCCAACCUUUACCCCCCAUGGGCAGUGGCCAUUUUCCAGAGGAAGGAGAGGGUGCCGCAUGCUAUAUGAGGAAGCUUAAGUAUCAAUACGAGGAUGGAGGGAUAUUUGUGGAUGUUGAAAGACACGGCAUUUCGAGACUUGCGGACAAUCCUAAGUGUUAUGAAGCUGGUCCUCUCACUGAUAGUGGUUUGGUUGAAAUCGGAGAACGAACAGAAGAUGAUACGAAAUCUCCGUUUAAGCGACGCGAAUUGUACUGUGCUGAGAUCAAGAAUGGAGAAGAGAGUCUCCGAGAAGCUGAUAGGGUAGUGGCAGAGCCAUCAUUGUUCUGCAAGCGGCUGUCAGAAAUCGUGGGGAUGAUGACUUACCGUCAUUCCUGUCUUUUCGCUCUGCAGGCGGCGGAAUUUCUUUUGAUUGUUGUUGAUAUUAAUGGAGUUUGGAGCAUUUCAAGAGAAGAAGAUCUGGAGCUUGAAAGACAACUCAAGAUUUUAAAUAAGCCUGGUGUUAAGACCAUUAAAACAGACAAUGGUGAAAUUUUUAAUUGCGUGGACAUUCACAAACAGCCAUCAUUGGAUCAUCCUUUGCUUAAAAAUCAUGAAGUUCAGAUAACAUUUGAUCCGAGAUCUGUGAAAGAAAAGGAGUCACCAUCGGUACUGGGCAAAGGGAUAGGGUGCCCAAUUGGAACAGUUCCAAUUCGAAGAACACAGAAGGAAGAUCUUAUACGAGCCCAAGCUUUUUCGAAACUGCGUACCAGAAGAUAUGCUGACAAUAGUCAUCCACUUGCCCCAGAAUCAAACGUUUUUCGAUCUGCAAAGAUACAUACAAAUAAGGACUUGUUAGUUCCAGAGUACUAUGGAAUCGAAAGCUACUUGAAUAUAUACAAUCCUACACUUUCGUCACCGGACCAAGCUAGUACUACUUUAAUUUAUCUCGCUGGUGGAGUUGAUGUCUCUGACAUAUCUGUGGGGUGGACAGUGUAUGAGCCAAGAUAUGGUGACAACAAGACUCACUUGUUUACAUAUUGGACCGCAGAUAAUGGUGCGACAACCGGUUGCUAUGAUCUUCUUUGUCCAGGGUUUAUCCUAACUAACCCUGACUUUCCACUGGGCCUUACACUUCCCUCUUCUACCUACCGUGGCGCCCAGUAUGAUCUUAAAAUGAGGGUAUCCAAGGAUCCAAAAACAGGUCAUUGGUGGUUAUUUGUAGCUGACAUAGAGUUCGGAUACUGGCCUAAACAACUGUUUAGUUUCUUUGGGGCUGCCAGAGAGCUAUAUUGGGGAGGAGAAGUAUUCAGCCCAAGCCAGCCUUUCCCCCCCAUGGGCAGUGGCCAUUUUCCAGAGGAAGGAGCGGGUGCCGCGUGCUUUAUGAGGGCGCUUAAGUAUCAAUACGAGGAUGGAGGGGCUUUUGAAGAUAUUCUAGAUAAGGGCAUGUCUGUUCUUGCGGACAGUCCUGGGUGUUAUAAAGUUGGUCCUCUCAUUAAUCGUGGUGGUUUUUGGGGUAUUACAUUUUUGUUUGGAGGGCCUGGUGGACAGUGUUAG